AUUUGUCCUAGUAGGAUAAUGGUUGUUUCUAUCAAUUCUCUUACAAGGUAUAAUAUUUAAGACGGAUAGACGAAUCAAAGCACUCUGAACAAUGAGUGACCCAAGAAACCCCAAUAUCCAGAAAAGAACGACGCCACAAUGGGCAUUGUACCAGCGCGAGAAUUUCUGGAAGCUCAAUGAGGGCCAGACGGCUCCUUUCAACACGGAUCCCAUCAAAUUGGAGCAGUUGGCUCAUGAGAAGCUUAGUCAAGGUGGUUGGUACUAUGCAGCCUCCAAUGCGGGCAUGUCCUACACCCACCUGGCGAACCGUCAAGCUUUCUUCCGUCACCGUAUCAUCCCUCGACAACUAGUAGAUACUAACCUGCGAGAUACCACUACGGAGAUCUUCGGACACCGCGUAUCAGCUCCAAUAGGCUUUGCACCCAUCGGAAUCAACAAAAUCUACCAUCAAUCAGCAGAAGCCGCAGUCGCCAAAGUUGCAGGCGAGCUCAAUCUCCCGUACUGCCUCUCUACAGCAGGAAGCACACCGAUUGAGAAAGUCGCAGAGGAAAACGGCAAAGGUCCUCGGUUCUAUCAACUGUAUAUGCCACAUGAUGACGAGCUGACACUGUCUCUCCUCAACCGGGCAUGGCAGUCUGGGUUUGAUGCGCUCAUCCUCACCACUGACACCUGGCAGCUUGGCUGGCGACACGACGAUGUGGCCAAUUCCAACUAUGCCUUCUACCGCGGGAUUGGUGCCGACCUAGGAUUAGCAGACCCUGUGUUCCAGAAGCGAUGUCGCGAAGAAGGUAUUGACCCGGAGAAGGACAUCGUCGCGGCCUCGGCAAAAUGGAUUGACUCCGUCUGGCACGGCCGAGCAUGGUCAUGGGAGAAAAUCCCUUGGUUAAUCGAGCAAUGGAAGAAGAUUUCGGGUGGAAGACCUUUCGCCAUCAAGGGCAUCCAGUCGGUCGCAGAUGCAAAGAAGUGCGUCGAGUACGGAGUCGACGGCAUCGUGGUGAGCAAUCAUGCCGGUCGGCAGGUGGAUGGAGCAAUCGCAAGCCUUGAUGCACUGGAAAAUAUCGCCAAUGCUGUCGGUGACCAGAUUUACAUCAUGUAUGAUUCUGGGGUUCGCGGCGCGAGUGAUGUCGCGAAAGCGCUGGCACUGGGAGCCCGGUUCGUGUUUGUCGGCCGGCUUUGGAUCUGGGGGCUCAGUAUCAUGGGAGAGGAGGGAGUCCGUCACGUUAUGAAAUCACUGCUGGCUGAUUUUGACAUUUUCAUGUGUGUUGCGGGAUUCAACACCGUGAAGGAACUUGAUCGAUCGAUUUUAGAAUCAUAUCCGAAAGGAUAUACUCUAAUUCCGGACAAAGUCUUGUGAACUGGUGAAGUAGACAUAUAAUGCACCGCAAGGGGAUAUACAUAGUAUGGACCAAGGGACACUGUCUACUAGAGCAAGAGUAAUACACAUGAAGACCUACACAUCCAACUUCCUUUUAGUUUCAUGCACCCUCUUGUACCACUGCUAUAUUGUGUCUCCAUGCUCGCCAAUUUCGAGUAACCAUCAUAUAGACUAUCGUCCAGUUAAGGCAAAGUAAACUAUCUAAGCUUUUCACCGAUGGGCCCGUUCAAGGAGAUCUGCUAAUCAUAAUUCGAUAGAGCAGACUCAGGUUCCACAUAGUCCAUCCUCAGGGCCACAAGGCUGACAAAUAUCGUAUAGUAAGGAGACGAUCU